UGGGUCUUCCGCAAACCGAAGAAGAGGUACAGAGAGCAUCUCGCGAACCGCCAGAGCUAUAGGUGUCUGAGGAUCUUGAAAAUAGUUUUUGGCAUGAUAUGGUUAGGGAACGAUGAAGUAGGGGCCUCGAAGUUGGUCUUCUGUGACGUCGAUCCAGACUCUCCGCACUACAGGCUGUCCUCACAGUCUUAUUGA